ACAUCAGCGUCCGUUAUAUGGGAGCACACGCCGGCCAGUACCAUUGACAACCCCGGGGGAAGGAGGACGCAUCGGCCGGAGGGUUUCCAUCGUACUAGUGCAUUCGUCUCCAGCCGAGCCCUAGAGGUCCCGGAGCUGACCGGGGCAGUGAUGGAGCCGGCAGGGCCCGGAGGGGGUGCUCCUCCCCCGGUACCCGAAAAGAAGAAGCUAAACCGGGCUCCAUCUCCUGCCCGACCCAAGGAUCUGACCGGGUGGUCGCUGUCUCGUAGACCUUCCCCGGUGUCCCUCAAUGUUAUCCCCCCAGGACCCCGCCGCCCGCUCCCUUCUCCAGGCACCAAGAAGCCGGCGGCCUCCUCUGCCCGGGCGGCAGGAAAGAGCAAGGAGCCAGCGACUGCGGGGACCAGGCGGGGGACGGACAGCAGCUCGGAGGGGUCCUGUGCCUCGGAGGAGAACAGCAGAAGCCGGGGGAGCAGCGAGGAGGGAGGGGUGUCCGCCGCCUCCAGCCGCCUGCCCCUCAGCACCUCCAUGGCCUUCUCGGACCUGACCGAGGAUCUGUUGGACGGGGGCACUGAGAGCCUCCUGCGGGAAAUGGACGAGCUGCGCUCUGAGAACGACUACCUGAAGGAUGAAAUUGAGGAGCUGAGAUCUGAAAUGCUGGAAAUGAGAGAUGUCUACAUGGAGGAAGAUGUAUAUCAGCUCCAGGAACUCAGGCAACAGCUGGAGCAAGUACACAAGACCUGCCGAAUCCUGCAAUACAGGCUGAAGAAAGCCGAGCGCAGAGGACUGCGAGUGGCACAGAGCGGGCAGGUGGACGGUGAACUCGUCAGUACCCUCGAGCAGGAUGUCAAGGUGGCCAAAGAUGUCUCUGUGCGUCUUCAUAAUGAGCUGGAAGCUGUGGAGAAGAAGCGGAUAAAGGUGGAGGAGGAAAACGAGGAGCUGCGUCAGCGCCUGAUAGAGACAGACCUCGCCAAACAAGUCCUGCAGAAUGAGAUGGACAAGGUGAAGGAGAACUCGUUAAAAAGGAGAAGAUCGGGCAAAUUGGACAAGAAGCCAUCCCCUCAGGAGGACAGCGCUGAUAUAAAAUGCCAGCUACAUUUUGCAAAAGAAGAAUCUGCUUUGAUGUGUAAAAAACUGACAAAAGUGGCAAAAGAUAAUGACAUCAUGAAAGAUGAACUGGUAAAAUACAGGGCUAUGUAUGGAGAUCUGGACAGCUCAUUAUCUGUAGAAGAACUAGCAAACUCUCCACAUUCCCGAGAAGCAGAGUUAAAGUCUCAUCUUAAACUAGUUGAAGAAGAAGCCAACCUCUUGAGUCGGAGGAUAGUAGAGCUAGAGGUUGAAAAUCGAGGGUUACGAGCAGAGAUGGAUGAGAUGAAAGUUCAUGCUGACCGAGAAUAUCUAGGUCAAGACUCCAGAUUUGCAUUUCCAGCUGGAGAGUCUGUGGACAAUUUUGUAGAGCUUAGACGACAUCUUCAGUUUGUGGAAGAAGAGGCUGAUCUGCUUAGAAGAUCAAUGAUGGAGCUGGAGGACCAAAAUAAACUUCUCAUGAAUGAACUGAAUAAAUAUAAGUCUGACCAUGACCUGGACAUUACGUUGUCAGAGGAUAGCUGUUCUGUCAUCAGCGAACCUUCACAAGAAGAGCUCACCACUGCCAAAAUGCAAAUCGGUGAACUUAGCGGAAAAGUAAAAAAACUCCAGUACGAAAACAGGGUGCUUCUUUCAAAUCUUCAACGUUAUGACCUGGCAUCUUGUCAAACCACAAAGCCCUUAAUGGAAACUGAUGCAGAAGCUGGAGACUCUGCCCAAUGUGUUCCAACAUCUCUUUGGCGUGAGGGACCAAUAGGUGGAGAAACUGAUUCUACAGACUCAAAAGAACGCGCCAUGAAAGGUAUCUUAAAAUCUCCAGAUGUUUGUAACAAUUCUCCGUCCAGGUUACCAAAGAUUAAAGACUUAGAAAGUCUCUUUGGCAUUAAAGCACAAGUGGAAAUAAUCAGUAGAGCCAUUGAGGUCUUAACAUCUGAAGCAAACGGGUUUCCUUCGGGUGUUAAACUCUGUACAGAUAACGAUUGUGGAGACCUCUUGUUAACAGAGGCCUUUGAUAACAGUGAAGUAACGAGUGACUCCAAACUAGUUAAUGCCAUCCUUUCUAGACUAGUGGUGCUUCAACAGGAACUAAACUGCUUUACUAAGAAAGUAGAUGCCUUUGGAGAGUCCUGUAAAGGACAGCUGGAUUCUUUGUCAUUACUGCCAGACACAACCUGUCCAGGUACCUCAAAAGACUCCUCCAAGAAGGACAACUGCUCUAGUUUACAGCAGCCUGAGUGUAGGAACUGUCGAGAGAAGGAGGGAACUCGUUGGGAGAAGACUGAAAACGAUCAUAAUAUUGAACAGACCAAAGGCCAUAAAAGCUAUCCGUCUGAAGACAAUGAGUCCUAUGCUGCAGAGAUAAAAGACCUGCAGUUGGUACUGUCUGAUGCCAACGAGACCAUCCAGGGGAUGCAGGAACAGCUGUCGCAGGAAAGGCAAUUACGGAAAGAAGAUGAGGAUGUCUUCCACCAGAAGAUUGCACAGCUAAAAGAGGAUCAUCAGAAGUUGCUUUUGAGACGCGAGUUUGAGCUCCAGAGUUUGGGCCUCCAAAGGAGGUUAGAGCAGAAGUUCUGGAGCCAGGAGAAGAAUGUUCUGGUGCAAGAGAUGCAGCAAUUUAAACAGAGUUUCUUCCUGACCUUCAUGAAGCUCAAGUGGUUUCUUCAACGUUGGCGGAAAGGCAAAGUCCUCCAGGGUGAUGGAGAAGACUUUCUGGAGAUAAAUAGCGUAAAAGAACUGUACAUGCUGAUUGAGGAGGAAGAAUUAAACCUCCCCUCCUGCGAUGGAGAAACACGGCCGCAGAAUAUGACCAUAGAGUCUAUGAAGACGUUGUCUGAUGUUAAGAAGAUCCUGAAAGACCUUUGCAAUGAGUUGCAGGAGGAGAGACGAGGAAUGAAUGAGCUUCAGCAGCAAUUUGCUAGAGCUAAAGCAGCCUGGGAGAUGGAGAGAACUGAACUCCAGCUGGAAUCUGGGAAACUUGGGGCAGACAGGGCUUCACCAGAUAUCAAAGCCGCGUUAAAGCGGGAAAGAGAGGAUCACCAGCAUCUUCUGGCCGAAUCCUACAGUGCCGUCAUGGACCUCACAAAACAACUGCAGGUCAGCGAGAAGAACUGGGCGCAAGAGAAGGAGGAGAUGCUGGCUCGCUUCCAGGAAGAGCGCAAGCAGACGGAAGAGCGAGUCAAAGAGCUGCAGAAUAAACUAAACCAGAAAGAAGAGAAUUCUUGGGUGAGCAGAGGCCCAGAGAGGAAGAGUGGAUGCUGGAAGGAGGCACUCAAUGACGAGAUGCAGGAUAAAGAUAUUGACUGUGACAUAGAUGCCACUGGGACCAAUUUAAAAAGAACAAAGUCUGUGUCAUCCAUAUCUGAAUUUGAAAGCUUGUUGGAUUGUUCUCCUUUCCUUCCUGGACAAAUGCCCCUUGAUAACAGCGGGAACAAAAAAGGGAUGAAAGAGUUUCUGGCUUCUCAACUGUUGUCUAAUAGUUCCAUAGAUUCCGAUAUCGGUCAAAAACUCUGCCCGUAUAUGAAUGACAAAACCUUGUUUGAACAUUUGGCCAAGGACAAUUUGGGUAUCUCUUCUUGGGAUUACACACUGAGUAAAUCUGGGAAGAGCGGAGAACUUGGUCACAAGCAGAUACAGAGAAGUUACACUGCCCCAGACAGAACAGGCAUUCGAAUUUACUACAGUCCGCCAGUUGUGCGAAGACUAGAAGCUACUUUGGUCCAAAAUAAAGAAAAACUUAUGGUUGAGCCAGGAUUUCUAUUCACCAUGGCAAAGCCGAAAGAUUCAGAAAAGCCAGAAACAUUGACUGCUAAUUCCUACAGUCGAUGGUUAUGCAAUUUCUCCAAGAAGAAGCAUGACCUUUUGGACAAGGAUGCAGUUAAGGAAACGCCACCUUCCGUUCCUGCGUUUCCAUCUUCAUUGGGUGAUUUGGAGAUCUCAGGAAACAUGAGUGAUGACAUGAAAGAGAUCACCAAUUGUGUUAGGCAAGCAAUCCGCUCCAGUUCAUUAGAGAGGAAAAGUAAAAGCACAUCAAGCCAGACUGUUGGACUGUCUACAGUUGGAGUCCAGACUGUCCAAAUGGUAAGCGUUGGUCUUCAAACUGGCCUACCCAGAACAAGUCUUCAUGCAAAGAGCUGGUCACCAAGAAGUUCCUCUCUACUGUCUGCAAGGACCAAGCAUAUUUCCACAUCAUUGGACAAAGUCCAUUCCCGCAUUGACCGGCCUUGCUGUUCACCCAAGUUUGGCUCCCCCAAGUUGCAGAGGAGGUCGUCUUCUAAGCUAGAUGCCUCUAAAGAUAGAAGCCUGUGGAAUCUCCAUCAGACCAAACCAAAUGGAUCAGCCUGGGCAAGAUCUACAACUACUCGAGACAGCCCAGUUCCCAGCAACAUUUAUGAUGGUUCAUCAAGUUUGUUCAAUGUUGUCGAGCAUGCUGGAAGCACAGAGUCUCUGUCCAAGACAGUCAUAGCUGAAAGAAAUAAAGCAGAAGCCCCUAAAUAUGGCAUUGUACAGGAGUUCUUCAGGAACGUAUGUGGUCGUAGUGGUCAGAGCUCUAGUACAGGCACUGAAAAGAAAGAGCUGGAAGAAAAUCACAAGAGACCAGAUAACCAUGACCAUUGCUCCUCUGCUGUGUGUCAUCCAUCCUACAAUGUUUCUAAAUUGCUGAGCAAGAAGACCCCAAGACCACAUGUCGCUGAUGACCAUAAGCCGUCUCUCCCAACUCAAGGAGCUAAGGAUGGAAGCUCCAAAGACCCUGAUGUAAUUUCUGCAGCUGAAGAUUACUCUUGUAAUUGCAGCUCACAUCCUGUAACCUGCUUCUCUAGACCAUCCCGAAUCAACUCACGCCAGACACAACCCAGGUGCCAGCUCCACCAAGAACCUUCUUCACCUGAGGAAAAACCAGGACCUGGUUGCAACUGAAGAUGUUUCCCAAGAUGCAGUUCACUGCCCACAGUCUGCUGUACAGUUUGAAUCUGAUAAGCUGUUUUUGCUUCUGUUUUGUACAUAAGGAUAGAUUGCAAUUGCCUUUAUUGCCCUGCUGGAUGCUAAUACAGCACUUACCCUUGAAAUCUUUGGUAACCUAUGUACCUUAAGUAGGUAUGUGUGCAUACACUGUAUUCUAGAUACUGUAUGUUUAUGUAUUAAUGCUAAGAUUACUAGGAACUACUCUUCUGCCAUAAGGACCACCACACUUCUGUCACGAUAAUACACUAUGUUUGGUCUUAACCAUGGAUGGAUAAGUUCAUGUCCAUGAUUUAUGCCAAACUCUUAAUCAUUCCUUUUCUUGCACAAUUUGGAUAACCAGUCCUUUUAUAUUUUCACUUAACCACAUUAACAGCAUCAGCAGUACAAUGUAGUCCUGACAAUGGGUCAUGGUGACCCAACUGUAGCAAGACCUGGCUGGAAAAUUACAUUAGUACAUUUAUUUAUUUUUGUUCAGAAAUCAAACUGUUGGGCAACCCUCUUUAUGAUGAGAAUAAUUAACAUUAGUUUAUUAAAUGGCAAAAAAAAAAAUAUUAAAAAGGCAGUCGAGAUGAUGAAAAUAAAAAAAAACUACAACAUUUUUGCAGUUUUUGAUACAAAAAGUAUUUUGUGGUCAAACUGUAUCCAAGGAUUAGCACCAGCUACAGUGCCAACCACACACCCAAGUCAUGGGUGGAGAAACUUCUUAAUUUUAUUAGUUUGUGGUUGGUGUGGUCACUGGGGGAAGGGAACAAAAUACUUGCCUAAUAUCGGAUGACAGAACCUGCCAUGUUAAUAGAAAUAUUCUGUAGAUAUGAAUAUUUUAAUGAAGUGAAAAUAUUUGCUAUGUGUAUAUAGUGUAUAUAUACAUCUCGUCAUUGCCGCUCAUUCACUGUCAUUCUGAACUGCACUGAUUUUUUUUUAAUUAUUUUUUUUACCCUUCAGCUGAUUAAUACUCUUCUUGCUUAUCAUAUUGUUUAUACGUGGUCUUUCCUCAGUAUGUAGCCUUGGUAUCUCUUCAUGUUAUAUAUAUUAGCUGGAGAUUGUUAUACCCUUGCUCUCCUCUAUAGGGUGUGACCAUUUUUGUUAUAGAUGGCAGACUCGCUCCUGAGACUGCCGAUAUUCUGGGCAGAGCAGGGUUGGCCAUAUGGUAUGUGUGUACAGUGGUGUCUCUGACCAUACAUGUCAGCGGGGAAGAGGGCUCAGGCCUAUUGAACUUUAAACAUGUCCAAUCCUUUUUUCUCAAGGAAAUAAACAGCUGUCAGAAGUCUGUCAGCAACUUACUCCCCUAUUCAGUACUCAUGCACGCUCAGCCCAGCUGAGCGUGCAUGUGUAUGGGGGAGACGGGGUUAG